AAAAACACACAAGGAGGGGGGAAAAUAUAAGAGUAGAACACGGGAAACGGGAGGGAAAAGAGGGGAGGGCAGGGAUAUCAUAUUGUGCAUUUCUCGCGCUCAGUCUGCCAUCCCGGUUGCGGGGCUUAUAUCUCGGUGCGUCUUGGAGAAAAAGACAGAGACAGGAGGGGGGUGGACGAGCUAGAAGAGGGCGGAAUGCCCCUUUACAAGCGUCGCAUCUGACUAAAACAGCGGAGCGGUUCAUAAAUUGGAAACUGGUCAGAGAAGAAGACGCCAAGGUGCUGUUGGAGAGCGUCAGCGGUGUCUCUUCAGAUCUGACAGCGACCUCGAACCCACGCUGACGUGUUGGACAGACCACAGAUGUGUUCCACUUUUUCCCUGUUAAACCUAGAUGACUGAAAGCUCAGCUCAACUGGCAGUGAAGAAAAACACUUAUCUGCAGGCUGCUGUUUGUGGUCUUUGGAACAUUAAGAAAAUAACAAGCUAAAGGUUACGCAUGCACUGCAGGCACAGCUCUGAAUUUCUCAGCCAAAUCUGUUUAUAAAGACAAUUUCACAUGUAGAGUGUCUCCGCUCUAGCUUGCAAAUUCAACAUGGACCACAUCCUCUACAGUCGAGUUCACUAAAGGGAAAGAGAGAGGGGUGGGUGUCGCUCAGUCACACAUGGGAGCAUCAGUCUGGUCCUUGUGAUCCAGACCAAGACACCCUGAAGAGCCCCUCCUUUUCCUCCUUUAUCUGCACUGCCCCCCCCCCUCCCCCCUCCGAGCUCCCUGGGCCUCCUGUUCCUCAGCUCACACCUCGUAGAGGGUGGACAGGCAAGAAACUCUACUUAACCGAGCGCCGUCCGAUAGGUGAGGGCGGUGAGGGCUGCGCUGUUAUUUGUUGACUUCUGGUGAGAGUGCGAUGCGGAUUGGAGGAUGUCGGGGGACUGGGAUGAAGACCUGUGUAAGAAGGCGCUGCUGUUGGUGGAGGAGCUGUGCUUCCACUCCCCGAGGGGCUACAGCCAGAGUGAACGCUGCCAGGACUUCACCUACUUGUUAAGAGGACUCAACAGACAGCUGGACACAGAGAUCUCUGUUAGUCUGCUGUCGGUCAUCGUGACAUUCUGUGGCAUCGUCCUCCUCUCUGUCUCCCUCUUCGUCUCCUGGAAGCUCUGCUGGCUGCCGUGGCGGGAUAAGGAGGGCGGCGGCCUGAGCCUGACGUCAGGGCUGCUGCCCGGAAGCGCCGGAGUCGGAGGCCUCGGCGGCGCCGGCGGGUCGUCGCUGCUGCCCCCGCUGCUGCAGAGGAAGGAUGGCCACUCGUCAUCCUCGCUCUACCCUUCGCUGGGCCAGCAGGGCCAGCACCACCCACAUUUCUCUGACCUGGUGGGGCUCGAGAGAGGGGAGGUGGGAGGUGUGGUUGGGGGGCCGCAAGAGACCCAGGAGCACUCGUACCUGGACAUGGACUCGUACCCCAACAAUGCAGGAACUCUGAAGCUGAGUACGACGUCUCCAGAUGUUCCGAACACAGAGGGGGGAGCCCAUCCUCAUAAAGACCUGCCCAACGCUCAUUCUCAGCAGCAGGUCACCCCACGGCCCAAGCCCAUGACUCACCAGCUCUCCAGCCCUGACUUCCACGAGGAGAAGGAGCAGGUUACCAGCAUUGGGCAGAUCAAACCGGAGCUCUACAGGCCAAAGGGCGACCAGGGUGAAGGCAAACAGGGCGACAACUGCGGCAAGAUCAGCUUCCUCCUGCGCUACGCCUUCAAUACGGAGCAGCUGGUGGUGAAGAUCUUAAAAGCUCUGGACCUGCCAGCGAAGGAUGCCAACGGCUUCUCCGACCCGUAUGUGAAGAUCUACCUACUGCCAGACAGGAAGAAGAAAUUCCAGACCAAGGUUCACAGAAAGACCUUAAACCCUGUGUUCAACGAGACGUUUCAGUUCGGCGUGCCGCUGAAUGAGCUACAUUCCAGGAAGCUGCAUUUCUCUGUGUACGACUUCGACCGCUUCUCCAGACACGACCUGAUCGGCCAGGUCGUGGUGGACAACCUGCUGGACUUCAGCGAGGGCAGCGGGGACAAACCCGUGUGGAGGGAUAUCGUGGAGGGCACAGCGGAGAAGGCUGAUUUGGGGGAGCUUAAUUUCUCGCUGUGUUACCUGCCCACUGCAGGCAGGCUCACUGCGACAGUCAUCAAGGCCACCAACCUCAAAGCCAUGGACCUCACCGGCUUCUCAGACCCGUACGUGAAGGCGUCUCUGAUCUGUGACGGGCGGAGGCUAAAAAAGAGGAAGACAUCCAUUAAGAAGAAUACGCUGAACCCCACAUACAACGAGGCGCUGGUGUUUGACAUUCCAAAUGAAAACAUAGAAAGUGUCUCCAUUAUCAUCGCAGUGAUGGACUAUGACUGUAUCGGUCAUAAUGAGGUCAUAGGGAUGUGUCGUGUGGGCAGCGAGGCUGAAGGUCCAGGGAGGGAGCACUGGGCAGCAAUGCUGGCCAAUCCACGCAAACCAAUAGAGCACUGGCAUCAGCUCGUGGAGGAGAAAGCAAUUGGUACAUUCGUGUCAAAGACUGCCACAGCAUCCUCCCCUAAGCCUCAUAUCGUCGUGGACAGUCCUCACUCUGAUUAAGGCUGUCAUUAUCAUCUCCAGCUCCAGAUGUCCCCUUCCUCCCUCUCAUCUGUGAAUAAUUCUCUCCAUCAAAGACAGAGAGACAUGGAGACACUGCUAGUGUCCGACUGCUAGCGCUGUUUUGCUCCCGCUGAUGAAUCCUCAGAGUCCUGUGCUGUCUUUAAUGGAGGAAAGAAAAAAAUAAACGACAUCCAUCACAUGCUACACCUUGAGCAUCAGACUACACAUUAACAAAACACAUGCACACGCCAAAUGGUAAAGUAGGACUGAUAUCAGGUGUAAAUGUGGGAUCAAACAAGGGACACACACACACACAUACACAUAAACACAGGGAUACACACAAAGUUUGUAGUAUGUGCGUAGUUCAUGUGUGCUUCAGAUUAGUGUAGUAUUUCAUCUAGGAGGAGUGUGAUGUAACAAACUGUUCUCUCUCUAUUGAAAACAAAACAAAAAAAGAAAAGAGAAAGCCAUCCCAGAAUGGUCAUUCCAACCAGGACCAAAGGUUCAUGCCCUUGUACAGACUAUAAAAGAAGAAAAUCACUAUGUCGAUAUUUUUCUUUGCAACAUUGGUGUACAGUAUGUGCCGUACUGUAUGGGAAGACAUCUCAUGUAGUACUCAGCAGGACAAAACAUCCGAGGUGGAUUCUUUUUCGGGCCAUUUUGGAUGCCUCCUGUGGGCUCCGUACCCUCUUUGUUUAGGACUGAACUUGCUUUUUUUUUUUCCCCAGAGGAAAGACGAUAAAGCGUCUUUAUUGAUGUCAGAGGAGCUAAAAAAAAAAAUGAGGACGGACUCAUUGGUUUAAGCAUGUUACGCAUCCUUGAAAUGUGUCCCUCUUCCUGAUGCUUUUCGUCACUGUCCUCAUGGUGCUCAUCAGUAUCAACUUUCUGUUUUGAGGUUAUCUUUGAGUUUCCAACAUUAUACAUUUAAUCAUGGAGAAAGAAGUUUAUAAUUGCCAAUAAUGGUCAUCUACCGAGCUUUUGAGAGGGGUGGCUGAGUUGAUCGUUGUUAAACCUGCAGACUUUUCCUGAAACAGGACUACACAGGUCGAAUAAAACCUGCGUUAAGGAUCGGACCAGCAUCUGUUGGGAUUGCACUUGCUGGAGGAUGUAUUCUACAGGGAAGGACACCUACACUCUAUUUUGAUUUUUUUCUAUCAUUCCAGAUCUUUCUUUUCUUUUUCUCAAAAAAGUCACCAUCCUGCUUCAUCUGAGAAAAUGUCCACAUCGUGUCUCUGACAAGACUCAAGAAGGACACACACGUCUGUGUUGCUUUUAUCAGUGUGUGUUAUUUCCGUGUUUGUGGGCGUGUUUGUUUUGUAUUUGUGCGCGUAUGUGUGUGUGUAUGCCUGUGUAUGUGGGUCACUGAGACCUUGUAUGUGACACGUUACCACCUCCCGUCUUGUCCUUUUUUUCCCGUCUUUGCCUCCCUCACUCCCCCCCCCCCCCAAUUCCGGUCCCUGCAUCCUCAGACUGUAACGCUUGUCUCAGAGCCAAACGUGUCUUCUGUCCCGUGUAUUUACAAGGAGCCACUUUGUGUGUGUGUGUGUGUGUGUGUGUGUAUGUGUGUGUGUGUGUGUGAGAGAAAGUGUGUGUGCACUAUACGUGCCUCAUUGCACUAGGUGGGGAAACGCUGUCUUUCAUAGACAUUAGUUUGUACUGUCUAUGUCGUCUCUGAAAUCAGCUGCCAAUCAUCCAGCCCUCCUCCUCCUCCUCCUCUCUUACCCAUUGCCUGAUGUAAGUAACUGUGUUGAUCGUGUACUUCUUUCAGUAAUUUGUGUACUGUAUGUCCGAGGGAAAAACAGAUGGCACAGUGACUGAAAACCAAACUCUUGGGUGUGUUUUAAAUUCAAUUUCUAAGAAGGAACCCCAAAAAAAAAUAUGGAAAAAAAAAACAAAACAAAAUUUGAGGCUCAUUUCUUAUCAGGACAAAUUUAGAUCCCCCUUAGAGCAAGACAGCAGGGAGGAGGUGUUGCGAGAAAAACAAGCACCUGGAAUUUCUGCACUUCCUCUGUAAGCCGAUACAGAUUUAUAAAGCCAUGUCUGUCACCACUACUACGACUACCACUACUGUAACCUCAGCAAAACAGCAGAACAACACCUCACUACAUUUACUCGUAUUGCUAUUGUUGCCAUUUCUAUCUCCUCACACACACACAUGCUUUUAUAAAGGUGUGUGUGUUUCAGGGAAGGGAUCUAGUUUCUGGCUUUUCACCUUUGGAUCAUGAAAGUGCAUUUAGACUUUAAGGUGUGUUUGAUGGAGGAUAAGGCAGGUUAAACAUCCUGCAUUUUGUGAGCUUCAUAAGAUAGGGGCAUAUUUACAGGGUGGCAAUUUUCCUCUGAUGUCACGCUCAGGGUGGUUAGCUGACACACUGGUAUAAUCUCAAACCGAUGUGUUCCAUGUUGUAAGCCAUAAAUAUGCAGGCCAUCUGGACAGUGGGCUAUAUUUCAUAACUCCUAGCUACUGUUUCCCAACGGCUUAUGCUAGUACAACCAAAUUCGUGGUAAUAUUUGAAAGGAAGUGGUUGUAAAUUCAUAACUUAUAUUGGCUAACAUUAGCAUUGUUCCAAACAAAACAGUACAUAGUUCUUGGCUGUAACUACUUGGGUAACUGUCUGGCCAACAUUAUGUUAACAACACAUCAGGUAACAUUUCUUUAGCUAGUGUUUAACUCCCGAGUAAACAUUAUGUUAGCAUUUCAGUCGCUAGGAAUUCACUCCUUUCCUAAAGUGUUGUGUAACCCUACAAACCAGUAAUAUUGGCUUUAAGCUAAUCUUUUGCUAAUGUAAUCAAUCUACAUCCUCACACACAGAAGAACAACUCUAUAACAGUAUUUUAGCUUCUCACAGUGAGCAUGAUGUCAGAGGAAAAUGGUCGCUAUGUGAAUAUGGUCAAUUGAGUGAAUUUAGUACGUAUAGUAUUGAUCCAUUGGUCUUGAGGCCUUGUAACUGUCUCUCUCUGCUUGUGUCUGCCUUAUUUAGCCCCUGUGUUACUGCCUGGUGAUGGAUUACAAAACUCAAAGUCGAAGCAGUACAUUUCCUUGUUCCUUUCCUCCCUCAGUCCUUUCCUGCUCUCUCUGUUUCUGCCUGUCUGAUUACUGUCUGAUUACUCAUUCUCUCCUUCACCAACGCUUACCUUUCCUCCCCCAACCUAUACCCUGUCUCCCCCUCACCUAUAUGUUCCUCUCUCUUUUUCUCACCCUGUUUCCUUUGCUAUCUCCCAUCGCUUCCUUCCAAUCCCCUUGCCCUCUUUCUUUCUUUCUGUGUAUGACGACCCCCUUUCCCCCCCUCUCUAUUCUCUCUCGCUGUCUUCUCGUGUUAGUGCAGUUCUGAAUGGUCAUGGGGAAACAUGUUUGCAUGCUUAUAUUAACAUGAAUGAUGUCAACUUGAUGCAAUGAAAAAUUAUAUAAGUGAUGCUUUAAGCAAAAAUCUGACAAUGAACUUGAUACUAAUACUACUAACGACGACUACAUGGAGACCUAGCAAUUGUUUAUCUCUAUGGUCAAAAACAACGAUGAUGAAAUAACAUUGUUUAUGCUGUAUUUAUCUUUCUUGAAUUGGUAUUCUUUUCAAUUGCUUUUUUAUAUAUAAUUUAUUCAAGAGGUUUACUUUUUUAUUGGUUAAAGCUGAGAAUUUGUGUGAGGGGUUCAGUCAGGACAGCAGGAUAUCGGUGAAUGUGUAAGUAACAGUGUGGCUGAAGCAGUGAUAAAGGAAAUAAAGGAUAUGUAUCAUCCA